AUGAAGUUUUUAAUAGUUUUUAUUUUCUUAGGAGCUUCUCUCGCGGAGAUAAAGAGAUCAAUAACACUUGACAUUGAUAAUGUGACAAAUUGGGUGUUGAAAUCGCCCAUGAAAAGAGAAGGCGAUAUUGUUGGUUUAAUUUAUAAAGCGUACGGUAAUACUAUAAUAGAAAAAGUAACUGAAAACGGAAAUAUAAUCUGGAAGUCAAGCGAAACUGAAGAGGAAAUUAAUGAAAUUUACCGGUAUCAAAACGAUGAACAUGACCUUUUAUCUAUUAGAAUGGUCUCCUCCCCGCGAGAAAAUGUGGAAUUAUGUUAUAUUAAGAGGGAAGACAAGUGGAUUAGCAUAGAUAUUCGUGAAUAUUAUGUAAAACUUUUAUCCUUACAAGUGAAAUCACCGAUGGAAAAAGUUUUGGAUAUUGCCAAAGAUGAUGAUGUCGCAUUUUCCAAGUAUUUUGCUGUGACAGAACCAAAAUUUGUGAAAUAUAAACCAAUAAAUGGCUAUUUUUGUACCAUGAUUGUUGAUGACAACGCAGUAAUAUGGAGAUCUGACAUGGGAAACACUCUUGUAAAAGCAAAUUUGUUUCCAAACAACAGCGAAUUAUAUUUGGAUAUCACUAUCUCAAACUUUCAGACAGAAACUAUGAUAUAUUACACAAGGUUACAUGGAAAAUGGAUAAAAAUAGAUGAAAAACUCUACAGGAGAAUGACAAAGGCUCCGAGUAGAUAUAGGGAAAAGGAGAUUUCAACGUUCCUACUUCCUACUGCGAGAGAUAAACUGAUAAAUUUGGAUGUAGUUAGAGAUAUGUAUCAAGGAAAAGCUGACACAAAGUUCAUAUAUGAUUUAGCUCUUCCAUCCACUGUUUUUUAUCCACUUGAAAAUACAUUUAUAACCCAAGUUUCGGACAAUGGAACUUGUGUUUGGAAACAAAAAAAUAACGAAAGAUGUCUUAAGGUUAUAUCUAUAUCCAUGAGGAUUAUUCCACAUCUGAUUUACAUUAGGACAAAAAACAUUGAUGACGAUGAAAUUAGCUAUUUUUAUUGUAAAAGAAGGAAUGUAUGGUACAGCAUAGACAUUGAUACGUUUCGCCAAAUACGUCUGAAUGAAUUAGAAGGAUGGCCAAAGUACGUUGUUUUGGAUGUAUCAUCCCUUGAUCCAUCCAGUGUAAUGUUAGCACAGAACCAGGGAAGAGCCAAACCUAUCGAUCCAAAUUUGUAUUAUCUCAUGAUUUACGAUACAACUCCUCAAAUAAAUGAACUCAAAGAUAGCGAUAAAGACAAAGACGAUGAAGAGGAAACCGGAGAGCAAGGACCAAAAUCUGAAGGAGCUAGGAAAGGCGACAAUGAUAAUGGUGAUAAAGAAGACGAAGAAGAUGGAGAGGAAGAUAAACCUAGUGAAGAUAAAGGCAAACAGAGUCAUGAUAAUGAUUUAAAAUACGAAAUGAUCAAAACAGGGAAUAAAACUGAAUUCUACACAAGAGCAAAUUACCUUGUAAACAAAAUUGUGGAUGGAAAAGAAACUAUUUGGGAAUCUGGAAUUGAAAACUCAAUUUGCCAUUUUCUUGAGUUAAUUUCUGAUAAACUACUUCAUGUUGUGAUUGAAGAUGCUAAUAGUGUAACAAACAAGUACUUUGUCAAGGAGGAUAAUGGAUGGGAAGAGACUUCGGAUCCUAUAGAGUUUCUGCAAGUUGGAUCAAACCACGCGACAGAUCUUUUUGAAUACCCCAAUGGAAUUUACGAACCAAAAAUAAAUACAAAAAUGGUUUCCGCAUCAAAUGAAAAUGAUACUGAGAACCAACCUAAGUUGAAACAAGAUAAAAUUUUAGUAAAUGACGAGGAUGAUAGACCAGAAGCAACAAACAAUUACGAAUAUCCAGAGGCAAUGUAA